UUUCGCAUGACGCAACGGCCGGAGCCGGAGCAAGAAGGAGAAGAAGGCGCUCGCCUGCCGCACCGAGCAGCCGCCGCCAUUUUGUGCGUGCGCUCCUGAGGGGAGGCCAGAGAAGGCGACGAGACGAGCGGCGCGGCGGAGCGGCGCGGAGGAUGGUCUAGCCGAGGGACGGCGGCGGGAGCGACGAGAGCCGGCCGGGGGCGGGCGGAGGCAGGGGGUGGCCUGUCUUUUCCCUUCUCUUUUCUCUCCUCGGCGGGGCCGCGGCCUGUCAGGCGAUGUCGGGCAGCAGCAGCAGCGGCAGCGAAGGGGGCGGCGGCGGGGGCGGCAGCGAGGACGCCUGCCGCGACUACCAGUCUUCGCUGGAGGACCUGACCUUCAACAGCAAGCCCCACAUCAACAUGCUGACCAUCCUGGCCGAGGAGAACGUGCCCUUCGCCAAGGACAUCGUCUCGCUCAUCGAGGCGCAAAUCGCCAAGGCUCCUUCUAAUGAGAAACUCCCUGUUAUGUACCUAAUGGACUCCAUUGUCAAGAAUGUUGGAAGAGAAUAUCUCACUGCAUUUACUAAAAACCUAGUUGCAACAUUUGUAAAUGUGUUUGAAAAGGUGGAUGAAAAUACUAGGAAAAGUUUAUUUAAAUUACGUUCUACGUGGGAUGAAAUUUUCCCUUUGAAGAAACUCUAUGCCCUCGAUGUCCGAGUGAAUUCAAUAGACCCUGCUUGGCCAAUUAAGCCGCUGCCCCCUAAUGUGAAUACUUCUAGCAUCCAUGUGAAUCCUAAAUUUUUAAAUAAAUCGCCUGAGGAACCUCCCGCACCUAGCUCUACGGUCUGUCCUCCUGCUAUCUCUUCUCCAAUUGUUCCUGAAAUACAAAAGAACUUGACGCAAGAGCAGCUAAUAAGGCAACAGCUACUGGCAAAGCAAAAGCAGUUGUUAGAACUUCAGCAGAAAAAAUUAGAACUGGAGUUAGAGCAGACUAAAGCACAACUGGCAGUUUCUCUUAAUGUUCAGCAAAAUACAUCCAGUAUAAGUUCAGUCCAGCCACCUUUGAAACAGCAUGUGCCACAACCAUCUCACAUACCGGUCAAACCUCUCCAUCAGGCUGUUCUGCCACCCGAAAAAAACCGUCUGUCUCCACUUCAUGAUGUCAAAAUGGCCAACAGAGAUCCUCGUCUUAAUAGAAUCAGUCAACAUCCUUCUCAUGCUAAAGAUCAAAGUCAUAGGAAGGAUUUUGUAAUGAAUCCAACAAAUCAGAUCGAUCCAAAGUCAAGUAAACCUCUGCAGGCUGAAAAACAUAAUACAUCAAAGCAAGAAAAACUAAAGCAGAGUGAUAAAAUGCAGAAGAAAGAGUCUGAUCAAUUAGAUGCAAAGUCUAAAUCAAAAUCUCCAUCGCCCUUGCAAAACAAGUUUCUUCAUGCUAAAGAUACCAGAAAUCAAGAGUGUGAGAACAUGAGAGUGUCUGAGAUGAGCAAAAGAGAUCCACGAUUAAAGAAACAUCUUCUGGACAAGCUGGAUAGUAAAGAUGAUGAUGCAAAAGAAAAGAGAAGAAGCAUGGAGAGGAAAGAUAAAGAGGAACAUAGAUCUCUUGGUGGCAGAAGUAAAAUUAUUAAUGGCAUUGUCCAAAAGCAAGAUGCCAAUAUAGAAGAGUCAGAAAAACAGGGUGGAAAACUAGGAAGGUCAAGUACUAGGAAAAGAUCACGGUCUCCUCGAUCUCGCUCGCCAUCUUCCCAUUCUCCAAAACGAAGAGACAGGAGAUCACCCAAACGAAGGCUCAGAAGCCUUUCUCCUCCUGGACCUAAAAUUGGAAAAGCUCGGCAGUUGGGGCCCAAGCAGUCUCACCCAGAAGAUUUUGGACCAGGAUCCAGGGAUGAAAGAGGCUCUAAUAAGAGAAGCAUUAAACAAGAAAUGAGGGACUCAAGGAGGCCGAAGAAAAUCCAUGAAGACCGGCCGCAGGAAGGAAUGAAUCAGCACUCUUCAAGAGCAAGCUCAGAACCCAAAGAAAAUGUCGAAAAUUGGCAAAGUUCCAAGUCAAGCAAAAGGUGGAAGUCCGGCUGGGAGGAAAACAAAAAUCCUCAGCCUGCUGAAGAGCAUCAAGGAGCUUGUAAAACACCCCAUCCAAGGCAUAGGGACAGCUGGCCAGCUAGCAAAGGAGUGCCAUCUCCUCGCACACCAAAGCAACAACAUAGAUUAAGUGUGGAUGCAAACUUGCAGAUUCCCAAAGAACUGACGGUGGCAAACAAGAGAGACUUACUUAAGAAGGCCAAUGAACGCAUGUCAUCUGGGGAAUUAACACAGGACGAGUUCCUUAGUUUGGUUCACCAGAUGCGUCAGCUCUUCCAGUAUCAGGAAGGAAAACAUAGAUGUAAUGUGUGGGAUAGUCCAUCAGGGGAAAAAGGCAUCUUGAAGAAGAAGCCCCUGUUGUCCGAUGCUGAUUUAAUAUAUCAUGAACAUAAAGCGAAGUUAAAAAGGACACAAGUUCAGCAUUCGUUUCCGAGACUCAACUUGUUGGAUUCUGAUGAGAUUUUAGACUACCACUUAAAUGAUGCAUUUCUCCCAGGAAUGGAAUGUGAACAGACAAAGAACAAAUGCGGGGGUCAGUUUGCUGAACGAUCAAGGCGGCAUUCCCCCGUGGGUGGCAGUAGACCGUACACUGAUAAUUCAACACAUGAUGGCCGGAGACGACACGAUGAGCCAAACUCUUCGAAAGGUGUUCGAGAAGAGCAGAGGUCUCAAUUUGGUGACCAUUACAAGAGACCCAGAUACGAAGAUGCCGAAAAACAGUUUCCUGAGAGUACAGGAUCACGGUUUGGAGUCAUGGAUGGAAAACAAAGAUUUGGUUCACUGAUGGAGGAGAGAGCUCAUUUUGAGGGCUCUCCCCGGCAUCCUGCUGCAAGGGCAGGUGGAGAUGGACAAGCAAGUCAUUUUGAAGGGCCUUCUAAUGCAAAUUCUAGAAUAGAAGUACCACCUUCCCAGAACAGCUUGAGGUUUGAGGGGGCUCUAGGUCAGCCUGCAUCGCAAUUUGAGGGCCCCCCUGGACAGUCUGGAGGAAAGGGUUCUCUGAUGUUUGAUGGACCACCAGGGCAGAUGGGCAGUGGUCCCCUGAGGUUUGAAGGGCCUUCAGGACAAGUCGGUGCAGGGUCUGCUAUACGUUUUGAAAGUCCCAUGGGCCAGCCAGGAGUAAGGUUUGAGGCGCCUGCAGGCCAGUCUAUGGGUGGCAUGAGGUUCGAAGGGCCUCAUGGCCAGCCACCAGCUGGGAUGAGAUUUGAAGCACCUCAUGGCCAGCCAUCUAGUGGGAUGAGAUUUGAUGGACCGCAUGGUCAGCCAGCCUCUGGGAUGAGAUUCGAAGGGCCUCAUGGCCAGCCUUCAGGUGGGAUGAGGUUUGAAGGGCCACACAGCCAACCUUCAAGUGGAAUGAGAUUUGAGGGGCCUCAUGACCAUUCUGUGAGACCUCAUGGUCCCCCAGGAGCUGGAAUGAGAUUUGAUGGACCCCACAGUCAGCCUAUAGGGCCUCAUGGCCAGCCUGGGACCGGUCUACGGUUCGAAGGGCCACAUAUACAGUCAGUAGGGCCCCAUGGUCAGCCAGGAGGUAAUUUGCGGUUUGAAGCACCACCUGGUCAGCCUCUAGGUCCACAUGGUCAGCCAGCAGGUGGUCAUAGAUUUGAGGGGCCACAUGGCCAACCAGGGGUUGGGCCCAGGUUUGAGGGGCCUCAUGGCCAGUCUGUGGGGCCACUUGGACAGCCAGGAAUUGGUCCUAGAUUUGAGGGACCAACAGUCCAAUCUGGAGGCGGACUUAGGUUCGAAGGGCCUAUCAAUCAAACUGGCCCCAGGUUUGAUGGCUGUCAGUCAAGGUUUGAUGGUCAGCCAUCACAUUUGCAAAGACUUGAUGGAUUACAUGGGCAACCUGGUCCCAGGUUUGAAAUGGGGCCUACUCAGCAGACACCACCUCGGUUUGAUGGUCCACCCGGUCAGCCGGUACAGCCCAGAUUUGAUACGCCAAUACCUCAGAGGUUUGAAGACCCUCAACACCAGCAAGCAACGCGAUUUGAUAUCCCUCUUGGUCAAGGUCCAAGGAUCGAUACUGUAGCUAAUCUCCCUGCCUCAAGACUUGAAACACCACCUUACGGACAAACCGGACCAUACAAUGAACCUCCCAGCCAGCCUUAUAAUGGGCCAUCACAAGGAAUGCCGUUUCAAAGAGCCGAGCAAAUGUUUGAUACUCCUCAAGGACCAAACUUCAAUGGGCCAGCUGUGUCUGCAGCACAGACUUUUCCUAAUGCACUUAACAGGGCCCCCGGACAUUAUUACGAUGACAAGAAUCUUCAGGGACCUCAAUAUGGAAACUUCAAUAGUAUUACAGGAAACGUUCCACAGCAGGUUCCUGUUAUGUCAGUAGGAUCUACUCAGCCUGUACCUUUCAAUCAAGGACAACCACUCUUACCAGUUCAUGUUCAAAAUCCUGGUACCUUUGUCCAGAGUCAGCCAGGAAAUGCCCCGCUUUCCUUUGCUGAUAAUCACCUUGGACAGCUUGAUGUAAAUGAAUUGUACUCAAAGCUGCUUUCAACAGGAAUCCUCAAAGUUUUACAGCCUGAUUCAAGUUCAACCCCUGUCAGCGAAGUUUCAACCCAGCCCGCUCUGGAAGAAGAAGAGGAGGACCAAGACCAGAAUGAGGAUCAGGAUAUCCCAGACCUAACUAAUUUUGUAAUCGAAGAAUUAAAACAGCGUUACGACAGCGUUAUCAACCGGCUCUACUCUGGCAUCCAGUGUUACUCCUGUGGGAUGAGAUUCACGACUUCGCAGACGGACGUGUACGCAGACCACUUGGACUGGCACUAUCGCCAGAACCGCACGGAAAAAGACGUCAGCAGGAAAGUCACUCACAGAAGAUGGUACUACAGUUUAACGGACUGGAUAGAGUUUGAAGAAAUAGCUGAUUUAGAGGAGCGUGCAAAGAGCCAGUUCUUUGAAAAAGUGCAUGAAGAAGUUGUGUUAAAAACACAAGAAGCUGCUAAGGAAAAAGAGUUUCAGAGUGUCCCCGCAGGCCCUGCUGGAGUAGACGAGAGCUGUGAAAUUUGCCAGGAGCAAUUUGAACAAUAUUGGGAUGAGGAGGAAGAAGAGUGGCACUUAAAAAAUGCCAUUAGAGUAGACGAAAAGAUCUACCAUCCAUCAUGUUACGAAGAUUAUCAAAAUACCUCCUCAUUUGAUUCAACGCCAUCUCCUAGCAAAACACCAGUAGAAAAUCCACUAAAUAUUAUGUUGAACAUUGUCAAGCAAGAGGUACAGGAUUCCUGUAACAGUCCCAAAGUAAAAGAAGAGCCGGAGGAAAAACUUGCCGAAUGUAUGGAUGAGAGCACCUCAGUAUCUGCCGAAAUUAAAACAGAACCUGAAAAGGUUGAGUCAGUUUAAACAAACCCGAUUUUUUUUUAUUACAGAGAAGAACUACUGUGUUCUAGCUGACUUCGAAGGCAAAGAAUUUUUAUAUGAAUAAAGUGUUCUCCUGGGGCAGGGCCCCAGCUGCUUAUUUGGUUAAUAAAUACAUUUUUGUAUUUGAAUUUCUUAUUGCCUGCACAGUGUCAGGUGUCUAUUGUGUGGAAGUUCUGUAGAUGGCGUACCAAUUUAACAGGAAUAGACUGUAUAUGUAAGGAAAAAAAUGUAUGAUUUUUUUCAUUUGUGGAAAUGUAAAUUAUAAAUAAAAGAUAUUUUUGCUAUCUAUGGAGUGUAAUGUUUAUGCACACCAUUCAAUAAAGAAGUAUUUCUGUUUUGUGGGGUGUUUUGAAUGGAACUGAAUUCAGGCUCCGACCAUAGGCCUUGUUCUUAAAAUAGGAUUCUCAGAAGAAAUGACAGAUGGAUUUUUUUGAAUUCAUAGGAGAGUUAAAGAGAGCAUUCCUGUCUUAGAAGAAGUUCCUGCAAAUGUUGGAUUGAUGUUUUUGUGACCUUCAUUCAUAUACAGAUUUUUAAAAAGAAGGCUAGGAGGCACAUAUAACAAAGCAAAACGUGCUUGAAUUUGGACCCGUGCCAAAAGUUUCCAGUGAAACGCCCAAGGCUACACUGGUAGUUGCAUUCUGAAUCCAGUUUUCUUAAUUAUUACUCCCCCCCUCCUCACAUCUAGCCAAACACAUAAGAACUUAGUUCAGCUGAAGGGAUUUUUUUUUUCAUUUUUACCAGAGGAGAAAAAUGUAAGAUUCUGCAACAUGGCUUAACGUUUCUGUUGGUUUAUAAAACUUGGGUCUAGACAGUAAAGGGAUUACCAUGAGAUGUUAAUAUUUAUUUCAUGUAAUAAACUAGAGUGAAGCAUA